GGAAGCUUUUCUGCUACGCGAUCAUGCCUGAGCGCCACGUGGGAUGAGCUGGAACGCGUGGGCCGUGCGAAUUGUCAUACAAUCACUUUUACCGGACUACUCAAAGCCAAGAAUGGUUGAGAAAUGGGGGUCUCCGAGCCGGCCCUGGCUGGCAAAAGUGCCGGGAGUCCAGCUACUGCAAGCCUCGUUAGCCGUAUGAUGGCAGGCUCGUUUGUGUAUAAGCAGAGCGUCCCAUAACGCACGAUGGCUGCCAAGCACCUUCCUUCUACACCUUCGCCAGAGAAAUGGGCACCAUCAGCGACCGCGAUUUGAAACAGAUAUGGCAGUGGAACGCCACAGUCCCAGAGACACUAAAAGGCGUCGUUCACGAUUUAAUACUUGAAGUCGCAAGAAGGCAACCGAAUGCGCCUGCAAUCGAAGCAUGGGAUGGCUCCAUUACUUAUGGUGAACUGGAUCGCUACUCGCAAAGAUGGGCGACUCACCUGAGAUCGCUGGGCGUCGGCCCAGAGGUGCACAUCUCUUUACUUUCUGAGAAGAGCAAAUGGGUCUCUGUGGCAAUGCUGGGCGUGAUGCGUUCCGGAGGCGUGACAGUAGUCAUGGACAUUACGCAACCAGACGAACGAUUGGGACUAAUGAUGGACCAAGUCCGUCCACAUGUUGUCUUGGCCUCAGAUGACGCUUGGUCAACCGCUGAAAAGCUGGCCACAAAUGCCAUCAUUUGUAGCAUCGAUGGAGAUCGCCUAGAUCGCGAGCUUCAUGCUACCGGGCAGGACAACUCGCAGAAAACCACAGCGACGGGAGAGAAUGCACUGUGGGUAUCCUUCACAUCCGGUUCUACAGGCCGACCCAAGGCUGUCGUCGUCGAACACCGCAGCCUGUACACCGAGCUGCAUAUCCAAGCCGAGCCCACGGCCAUGUCAACAUCAUCUAGAGUCUUUGAUUACGCCGGUUAUUCCUGGGACAUGACAUGGUACAAUGUCCUCUUCUGCUGGCACGCAGGAGGCUGUCUUUGCGUGCCAUCGGAAGAGGACAGGAGGCAGGACCCUUCAGCAGCUAUCAAACGGUUCCGUGCAAAUUUUGCGAAUAUCACACCUACAGUGGCCGACUUGCUGGACGACGAGGCUCUACAUAUGCUCAAAGGCUUUGAAACCAUUGGCGAACGUGCCUCACCGAAACUUCUAUCGCGGAUACACCCUUCUCAGAGAUAUCGAAAUACGUAUGGAGCUUCAGAGUGUGGAUCUCUCCAGACAGCAGCACUGAAUCCUGCGACCCCUGACAACAUCGGCUACGGCAGUGGCGUUGUGACGUGGCUGGUCAACGAGGACGAGGACGGCCAAUUUAUUCUUGCGCCGAUUGGGGAAAGUGGUGAGAUCUGGCUUGAAGGACCUCUGGUGAGUCGUGGCUAUCUUCGUGAUGAGACACAGACUGCGAAGGCCUUCGUUGAGGAUCCCCCUUUCCUCCUCGCCGGCGAUGGCGGCAAAAUACCUGGUCGAAGGGGACGACUGUAUCGAAUGGGCGAUCUGGCUAAGUAUGCUCCCGACGGAAGUCUCCGAAUACAGGGCCGACGCGAUUGGCAAGUCAAGUUGCGCGGUCAAAGAGUCGAAUUGGGCGAAGUCGAACACCAUGUGCGUGCCGUCUUGAGUCAAGCUUGUGGUGAAGAGGGACUGCACGUAGCAGCCAUGGUUGCCACCCCUAAAGGCCAUGAAAUCCCCACUCUCAUUGUCUACGUCGUGCUGCCCGGAGCUGCGAACCUAGACGACACAGAAUUGCGCUUGGAACUAUCGAAAGCUACAGAGGGUGUUGACGACAAGCUCAGAACUCGAAUACCAGCUUAUAUGGUACCAAAGGGCUACAUACCUUUGCACCAGCUGCCCCUCACCUACACAGGGAAGAGGAACCGCGCCGUAUUGACGCAGAAGAUCACCGAACUGACCUUGCGGGAGAUAGCGGCGUUCUGGUCAUCGGAUCGGACGAGUCGACGGUCUCCGGCAUCCAAGACCGAAAUCUUGUUACAUAGCCUCAUCGCAGAUAUUCUGGAUCUUGGAACAGACGAAAUCGCAGCGGAAGAUGAUUUUCUCCGCCUAGGUGGCGAUUCAGUGCUCGCCGUUCGAUUGACAGCUGCAGCACGGAAAAGAGGCACCGCGAUAUCGGUCGCUGAAGUGUUUGCGCAUUCACGAAUAUGUGAUCUAGCUGAAUAUAUUGAUCAGCGCAAUGCUAGGGAGGGACCUGCCACUGUCUCGAAACCAACGGAGCCAGUGGCUCCCUUCAGCUUGCUACAGCUUCUUGACCGCGAAGGUGCUUGCGAGGAAGCUGCUCGUCAGUGUGAGUUGAAUGUUGACGCAAUCGAGGACAUUUUCCCAUGCACAGCCUUGCAGGCAGGGCUCAUGGCUCUGACUGCACAGCGAGCAGAGGACUACAUUGGACGGCAGACCUAUCAGUUGCGCGCCGACAUCGAUGUAGCCCGUUUCAAACAGGCCUGGGAACUUGUCUUCGCUGCUCUACCUAUCCUGCGCACGCGGAUCAUAGACUUGAGAGGAGAGGGCCUGGUGCAAGUCAUAGUCAAAGAGUCCAGUGCUACAGCUUGGGAUUUAAGGACAACGACUACUAUUCCCUCGAUGGGGCUAGGGUCACCUUUGGCCAGCUUCUGCAUUUUGAAGGACCAGAAAGGGACCAAUUUCCAAUGGACAAUGCAUCACGCUCUCUUCGACGGGAUCAGCCUUCCCCUAAUGCUUGCUAGGCUGAGAUACGCUUACGAACAUCUGGACGCCGGUCCUUCUCCACCAGAAUUCCAAGCAUUCGUUCGUCGUGUGCAGCAAAUAAGCAGGGAGGAGGCGAAAUAUGCAUGGCAAAAACAUCUUUCUGGCUUGGAAGCUCACGUUUACCCGCCUUUGCCCUUUCCCUCAUACCAACCUCGUGCCGAUCACGAAGUUGUGCAUCGUAUGCAAGGUAUACCUUGGCCCGCAGGCAGUGGUUUUACUGCAGCGACAGUGAUCAGAACAGCUCUGCAUUUGUUACUGGCAGAAUACACUGGCUCAGCAGACGUGGUCUACGGCGUCACGACGUCUGGUCGUGCUGUACCGGUCGAUGGUGUUGAGUCGAUGAUCGCGCCCACCCUUGCCACUGCUCCAACUCGAGCGGUCGUUGACUUUGAGCAUGGCGAACAAGUUCGGCGGCUCCUCACACGCGUCCAGCACGAUUCACUGGCACUGGCAGAGGCUGAACAAUUGGGCUUGCAAAACAUUCGUCUUGUCAGCGAUGAUGCGCAACGAGCGUGCGAUUUCCAGACGCUCUUGCUGGUCGAACCUGCAGAGCAAGCGGAUGACUCUACGCCUGUCUUCGUCUCGGAGGCGUACGAGGAGGACUUAGAUACAGCAGUCUUCAACUCCUAUGGACUGCUGAUCCAUUGCUAUCUGGACGCUGAGAACGGAGCACGAGUCACACUAAGCUUCGACUCCGCAAUGUUGCCUGUCAAGCAAGCCGAGCGGAUGGGCGGCCAGCUUGAACACAUUGUCCAUCAAUUGUGUGCUCCCGAGAAUCAUGAAGCGAGCGUUACUUCGUUGCGUAUCGCUAGCCCACAAGACCUUCAAGACAUUUGGUCCUGGAACAGUUCCGUUCCGGUGACAGAUAUGGCAGAAGCCGAGACCGUGCAUCAGUUGAUCCAGCUGACUGUCGAGCGUCAGCCCGAAUCACCAGCAAUGGAAAGCUGGGACGGCAGACUUACUUAUGCUCAACUGGACGAGCUAUCGACAACGUGGGCACAUUACAUUGCUAAGACAUAUAAUGUGGGCCCAGAGGUGAUUGUCCCACUGUGCUUGGAAAAGGGCAUCUGGAUGACCGUGGCAGCUCUAUCGGUAAUGAAGGCUGGCGGCGUCUGCUGUGCGCUCGACAUCAGCCAGCCAUUGGACAGACUUACUACCAUUGUCGGUCAAGUUGCAGCGCCACUGGUCUUGGCGUCUGCAGGUACAGCAGAGCUUGCUCGUUCCAUCGCAGGCGACGGUGGUACCGUGCUAAGCGUCGACGAUGAGCCGACGACUACAAUCUCCAAGCCGGCGGAACGGCGUGAACAGUUGGAGACUCUGCCUCAGGCCCGGUCGUCGAAUGCUCUAUACGUCUCAUUCACAAGUGGUAGCACUGGCCUGCCAAAGGGAGUGGUCAUCGAACAUGGCAAUUUCAUCCAUGCAAUAGCACACCAGCGAGCAUUCCUCGGAAUCAGCGAAACUUCACGCAUACUGGAUUUCGCUUCGCCAGCAUUCGAUGUCUUUUGGGAGAACUUGCUCAUGGCUCUCACUGCUGGCGCAUGUCUAUGUACGCCUUCUGCCAAGCAACGAAUGGACGACCUGGCAAAUUUCUCGAAGCAAAAUCGUGUCAACUAUGCCGAAAUCACACCUGCUCACGUACGAGCAGUGGAUUUCUCACAUGUGUCGACAAUCAACCUGAGCGGUGAGGCUCUGAAUUAUGCAGAUAUUGAGUACCUCGAGAACUCUUCCGCACGCAUCAUUGACUCAUAUGGUCCGGCCGAGUGCACUGUGACAGCAACAGCAACCGAAUUGACUCGUCCUUUCGCCAGGAGAAGUGGAAAGCCAGGUCUUGGCGUAGGACUCGGCUGUGCGACAUGGGUGGUCAGUGUUGAUAAGCCCAGUCAGCUCGCACCUGUAGGCGCUGUGGGAGAGCUAUACAUCGAAGGUGCCCUCGUGGGACGUGGCUAUCUCAACGAUCAUGCGAAGACAGCGGCAAGUUUCAUCAACGAUCCAGAAUGGCUGAUCGAUGGCACCAGAUAUCGCCAAGGCCGGCAAGGUCGACUUUAUCGUACUGGCGACUUGGUGCAGUAUUCUUCCGAUGGAUCUCUAAACUAUGUCGGGAGGAGAGACGAUAUGGUCAAGAUUCGUGGCCAACGUGUCGAGCUCGGUGACAUCGAACGAAACAUUCAACGAGUUGUCCGCGACUACCAGAAUGACUCUACAGCAUCCAUAGAUGUCAUUGCUGAAGUGGCGCAGAAAGCAUUGAUAGCAUUUGUCGUGCGACCAUCGAAGGCGACCAUGGAGCUUGUGGAAAGUAAUACUCUGGCCACACUGCUCGCGGAACACAUUCCAGAAUUUAUGAUCCCUGUAGCCUUCUUUGCUCUGGACGAAGUACCGUUAUCGCCAAGUGGAAAGAUCAAUCGACGUAUGCUCCGCGCACAAGCUGAAGCUCGUAUGGGCGACAGCUUGGCAAAGAACAAUGUGCACAACACUGUGAUCGAGCCAACCUCUGAGCUCGAGAGAGGUCUUCGAGACGUCUGGGCUGAGGUGCUGCAGUGGAAAGCCGACACUGUAUCGACCGACGCCGCCUUCACGACGCUAGGCGGUGACUCCAUUACUGCAAUGCAAGUUGUUUCGAGAGCGCGGUCAAGAGGGCUAGAGGUAUCUGUCGUGGAUCUGCUUAGGCUCAAAACAAUCCAGAACGUCGUCAAGUCUGGCAAGGCAACUCAUGCGGUCCAGAAGAAAGCAUCCGCUGGUACUAAGAAAGACCGUGCUGUAUGGAGACCGACGAUGCAGCAAAAACGGUCUCUGGCCACGUUAGGGCUCACGGCUCAGGACGUUUCUGAUGUCUACAAAUGCACACCAAUGCAAGAAGGACUGCUGUUUAGCAAGAAGACAGGUGCUGCGAGUUACCUCACGCACUCAGUCUGGGAAUGCAAACCCAGAGCGGCGGAUCGUAUAUCGAUCUCCAAACUCGAACGUGCGUGGCAAACCGUUCUCGUGCAUCACUCCAUAUUCGCGACAGUAUUUCUGGAUGAUGAACAGAGUGGAGGGUUCUUACAAGCCGUCCGACGGUUCUCAAAUUUCUCAGAGCAAGUCCAAGUAGUGGAGACUGGGGAUAUGCCGCCUGCACAGUGGCUAGCGCAUCACUUUGCAAGACCUACAUUCCAGCUUGCUCAGCCAGAAGUUUUUGUAUCGAUUGCCACAAGUAAGACUGGGGAGUGUGCCUGUCGUCUAGACACAAAUCAUGCUCUGAUAGAUGCUGCUUCAGUCGGCGUCCUCUUGGACCAACUCGACACAGCCUAUCGUGGAAGUCGACUGCCUCCAUCGCCGCUAUUCCGCGACGUGAUCGAAUACAUCGAAGCAACAAAGGCAGAGAAUCGGAUCCAAUAUUGGAGCAACUACUUGGCCGAUGUGAAGCCUUGCCACUUCCCUACCGAAAGUGCUGGUGGCUCAUUGGACAACGCCAAGACACAUACCGUGGAUGUUCUCCAUGGCGGUGAGACGGCCAUCUAUGAUUUCUGCCGCGCCAGAGGUGUCACGAGAGCGGCCUUCAUACAGGUUGUUUGGGCACUCGUAUUAACGUGCUACACUCGCAGUGAUGAGGCCUGCUUUGGCUUUCUUGCGUCCGGACGAGACAUGCCUGUAGAUCAUGUCGAUCAAGCUGUAGGUCCUUUGAUCAAUAUGCUCACCAGCCGUGUGUCUCUCGAAACCGACAAGAGUGUAGAACAUUUGAUUCAAUCGAUCAGUGAAGACACGAUCAGCCACCUGGAGCAUCAGCACGUGUCGUUGGCAGAGAUACAACGAAGCGUCGGUAAAGGAAGCUUGUUCAAUUCAUCUGUCACAGUGUACGACGCGGGAUCAUCUACCAGCGCACCAAAACACAACGGCGAUGCAGCAAUUCAUCCUAGUGGGGUCCAGUUCCAAGAGUGUGAUGCUUCGGACGAGCAAGAAUUCGACUUCGGCCUUGCAAUGGAGCUUCGCGGCUCUUCGACUAUCAUCAGCUUUGCUUUCAGAGAGAACAGUUUCAGCAUGCGAUCCGCGUCACAUGUUGUCGCAAAACUGUGCGAAGCGAUACAUUUUGUUCUUGACGACCACCAAGGGUCGAAUGUAUCCAUUCGUCAGAAUUUCUUCCAGUACGCAACAGGUGUCUCACAGGAGAGGCUAGACACCUUCUGGCAAGACCAGCAUGGAGACACCGAAGCCCCAACAUUUCCAGUACUGCCAUCGCCCAACUAUAAGCCAUUACUCGACGAAGAAUGUGCCAUGAAGAUCGUUCUACCGCUGGCCAGGCGAGAGCAUUUACCAAGCGUCUACAUGCAUGCAGCCUGGGCUCUACUUCAAGCAAAGUACACCGGCUCAGACCAAGCACUGUUCGGCGUGUUACAAGAGGAUGAAGGCCAUUUUUCGCAUACUCCUGCGACAUCACAUCGAGCUGCUCUACCACUGCAAGUGACUUUAUCUUCAGACAAAACAUCAGUGGAAGACCUUUUGGAGCAAGUCCACAGAAAUACAGCUUUGAUACGUGAGAGCAACACUCUGGACCCAUUGUAUCUCCGAAACCUUGUUCCUGUUAGCGAUGACGCUCUCCGAUUGCGGACUCUUGUCGUCUGCAAGUCUCCGCGCGAAAGUCAGCUGAAAAGCAAUGGAGUCAUGAGCAAUGGAACCUUGAUCAAUGGAGCUCUGAGCAAUGGGACCUUAAGCAACGGCCAUGGCAUGAACGGCGACAGCCGUGUCGCAGUCACAAACGGCACGUCUACCCCAAAACAAAAUGGCUCUUCCGGAACACAUCACGAGGAGACAACUGCAGCAGCUCUCGUGUUAGAAUUCGAGGCCAGCUCUUCGUCCACAGUUGAGAUCAAGUCAUAUUUUGACUCGUCUGUGCUGAGUGUCGAGAUCAUGGAGCGCAUGUUGCACCAGCUGAAACACAUCAUGGGUCUAUUGACAGACUCGAAGCUCGCGAGCACCGACCUCCGCGAUCUUGAUGUGAUCAGUGUUCCGGACCUACGAGAUAUAUGGCAGUGGAAUUCUGACAUCCCAGAGCCAAUAAUGACGCCUGUUCAUGAGAUCUUCCAGCGAACAGUUGAACUUCAACCGGAUGCCGAUGCGGUAGCAGCAUGGGAUGGGCAGUUCAAGUAUCGAGAGCUCGACGAGAUCUCAACUCACUUGGCACGAUAUCUUGUCGCCCGUGGUGUCGGGUCAAGCAUUACUGCUGUUCCACUGCUUUUUGAGAAGAGUAGGUGGAUGCCGGUGGCUAUGCUUGCAGUGAGCAAAGCUGGCGCUGCGGCUGUCACAAUGGAUAUCUCCCAGCCUGUGCAGCGUCUGGCUACUAUUGCAGCCCAGGUCAAUGUGCGCAUUAUACUCUGCUCUGUAUCGGCAACUGAAAUCGCUGCACAAGUUCUGGGGCCAGACGCUCUGAGAUCGUUGGAAGAUACCGUUAUUCCUAUUGACGCGACACGGAUUUUGAACAUGAAGAUCGAUUCAACGCCUGCCAGCCUCCCUCGCGUCAAUCCGGCAAGCACAAUUUUCAUUCAAUUCACCAGUGGUAGCACUGGGAUUCCUAAGGGAUGUUGUAUCUCGCACGCGAACCUUGCCACUGGCAUAGAAUACCAGUACCGAGCCAGAUUAGAGUACGGGCCGACGACUCGGGUGCUCGACUUCGCAUCAUAUGCAUUCGAUGUUUGCUGGCUGACGAACAUGGGAGUGUUGUGCACAGGAGGCGUCGUCUGCGUGCCUUCAGAGUUCCAGCGAAAGAAUGACAUUGCAGGAUUUAUGAGAGAUAUGCGCGUGAAUAGCGCAACUUUCACGCCCACGAUGGCAGACACAAUCAGAGAUCACGAUGUGCUCAGAAGCUUGAAGUACAUCAAAUUGGGCGGCGAAUUCGUACCCGAAGCACUUGUUCAGCGGCUACAGAAAUACACGAGGGUCUGGAUCGCCUAUGGGCCCAGUGAGUGUACAGUUGGUGUGGCAUUUGCGAAGAGGGAAGAGGGUGAUCAAGGCAUUGGUCGCGGAGUGGCAGCAGGCACUUUCGUUGUCGACCCGGUCACUGGAAAGCUUUCACCGGUUGGCGCAGUCGGCGAGUUAUGGGUCUCCGGUCCGCUAGUCACCAAAGGGUAUCUCAAUGACCCUAUCAAGACAUCAGAGAGCUUCAUCGAAAACCCAUCGUGGUACGUGAGGGCCGGACAUCAAGGACGCCUGUAUAAGACAGGAGAUCUUGUCAAGUACAACCCGGACGGAUCGAUCCAAUUCGUGGAACGCAUUGACACACAAGUGAAGCACCGUGGCCAGCGAAUGGAGCUGGACGAAGUUCGAUUCCACGUGCUUCAGCAGCUCGUCUACGAGUCCCAGGAAGAUCUGGAGAAAGUGCAAGUGGUAGCCGAGAUGAUCACUCCCAAAGAUCGUCAAAGGCCUAGUCUAGUGGCUUUCAUCGUCCCACGAAAUGCACGUACGUUGAGUGAAGAGGAACUACGAGGUUCAGUGGUGCGUAUGACAGAAUCUAUUGCAACCCGAAUGAACGCAAGUGUGCCAUCUUACAUGGUGCCUGUCGGCUUCAUCCCGCUCUCAGACCUGCCCACGACAGCUACUGCAAAAAUUGACAGACUGUCACUACAAGCUAUUGGAAGCGAGUUGCUAUUUGAGCAACUCAUAAACGAUCAAAAUACAAAAGCUGCAGUCUAUCAAGAACCAACAACACAACUCGAACGACAAAUACAAAGGCUCAUGUCGGAUGUCCUUGAAAUUCCACCCAAGAGUAUAUCUGCUCAGAGCGGCUUUCUCCAACUGGGUGGUGACAGUGUGCUCUCGAUGCGAUUAGUCGCGCUGGCACGACAAGAGGGCAUCGUUCUGAAUGUUGCAGACAUCUUCAAUCAGCCCACUCUGCGCGACCUUGCUACAACCGCGCGAUUGGAUGACCAGUCAAUCGAGCAGACGAUAGAACCAUUCUCGCUACUUGGACAGUAUGAUACUGAUGCGAUCCGACACCAAGUUGCCGGACUUUGCAAUGUCUUUUCGGAACAAGUUGUGGACGUGUUUCCUUGCACAAGUCUGCAAGCAGGGCUGCUUGCGUUGACCUCUCGACAUGAUGGCGAUUACAUCUGGCAGACGACUUUCGAGCUUCGAUCAGGAAUCGAUCUUCAGCGAUUCAAGCGAGCAUAUGAAAAACUCUUUGCGUCCGCCUCCAUCCUUAGAGCCAGAAUUGUCCACAUAUCUGAGCAAGACAGUCCAGUUCAAGCGAUUGUGGACGAGCCUGUGCUCUGGAAAGAAAGGCCUGGCAACGUCUCCAUGGGUCCAGGCACACCACUGAGCCACGUCGCGCUGAGUUCAUCACCAGACAACAAAAGCACAUACUUCACAUGGUCACUACACCACUCUGUAUACGAUGGGCAUUCAAUGCAACUACUCAUGAGCGCCUUGAGAGAUGCCUACGAGGGUCGCGAGAUACGGCCUUUGACACCCUUUCAAGGCUUCAUCAAACAUGUUGCGGCAGUGUCGGAGACUUGGCAAGAAGCAGAAUUCUGGUCACAACAAUUUAUUGGCCUCGACGCUGCAAGAUAUCCGCCUCUUCCCACACGCGAGUACGUUCCAAGAGUUGACUCCAAUGUCAAGCAUAGAAUCGAUAAUUUGGGACCUGCACCGCGAGGCCUGACGCUCGCUACCUGCUUACGUGGAGCGUGGGCACUUUUGUUGACCCAGCUCACUGGUCGUACAGAUACUGUUUUCGGCGCGGUAGUGACUGGCCGUCAAGCUCCUGUCAGUGGCAUCGAAUCUUGUGCCGGCCCGACGCUAGCUACAGUCCCUGUGCGAAUAUCACUUGAUUAUGAUUCGAGCUUAAAGCAGUCGCUUGAGCAGAUACAGCGCCAAGCGACAGACAUGUUUUCUUUUGAGCAGGCCGGCCUUCAACGAGUGCGCACCAUGAGUGCAGAGGCUGAGGAGGCCUGCAACUUCCAAUCAUUGAUGGUGAUCAAUGCCUCCACGUCACAGAAUGAACACACAGAGGGUGAUGCUGACGCACUCUUCGACAUGUCGGAUUUGCCGCUCGAUCUGAACGGGGCAAAUAACGAUGAUGCUUUCGCCACUCACGCCCUCACUUUGGUCAUCGAUCAGGACAGAUCACAGGGCCUUCAGUUAACACUAUUCAGUGACAGCCAGAUUGUCAGCCCUGUUGAGGCAGAGAACAUUGCACGACAAUUGGAGCACAUCUUGCGUCUGAUAUGUACACCAGGGUCCGAAGACGAGAAGGUCGGACACUUAAAUCUAGCAAGUGAAAAUGACCUCCAGGAAAUCUGGAACUGGAAUCGGGAAGUUCCGAAGGCUGUACCAGUCUGUGUACACGAAAUCUUUGUCGAAACUGUUCGAAGACAGCCUGAAGCCCAAGCGGUCUGCUCUUGGGAUGGAACUCUUACUUUCAGGCAGUUGGACCAACUGUCUACACGACUCUCAGGCCAUAUGUCUCGUCUUGGCGUACGACGAGCUACCCUGGUUCCUCUGUACUUCGAAAAAUCGAUGUGGAUGACUGUCGCUAUGUGGGCUGUCAUGAAGGCUGGAGGAGCAUCUGCUGGGAACGACAUCACACAACCAAAAGAGAGGCUCCGAAAGAUUGUCGGCCAGGUGCAGCCCAAAGUCGUCCUAGCCUCAGCACGAUCGGCGGACCUAGCUCGAUCUUUGUUGGAGCCGGGCGCGGAAGUUGUUAUCGUGGAUGAGGCACACCUCCAAGAUCUGCCACCAUGCGAACCAGUCAACUCGGAAGUGCAGCCCUCUGAUCCACUUUUCCUCGUGUUCACUUCUGGUAGCACGGGCGAGCCGAAGGGUGUGACCAUAACACACGAGAACGUGGCCAGCGCGAUUUAUCUGCAGGCCGACGCACUGGAGAUUAGCAAGCCUGGUGCACGACUAUUGGACUUCGCAUCCUAUGCUUUCGAUGUCACAUGGCAAAGCAAUGUUAUGGCAGUAGCACAGGGAUCAUGCGUGUGCGUGCCAUCUGAUGAUCAGCGACAAAAUCACCUCUCCCAAGCCAUGGCCGAUCUCAAAGUAACAUCUGCUACCCUGACACCACUUGUCGCUGAAACGCUAGAUCUGGAGGUCGUGAAAGGCUUGCGAUAUAUUGAGAUGGGUGGUGAGAUGGUCAGUGACGCAUUGAUCAAGCGAAUGCCUGCCAGAGUGCGUGUAGCGUACGGACCGAGUGAAGCGACUUUGGGCGUAGCAUAUGCCAAGAAAGAUCGUGGUGACAUUGGCAUUGGUCCUCCGACUGGAAUGUGUGCAUGGCUUGUGGACCCGAUCACAUCAGACCGCCUUGUAGGCAAAGGAUGCAUUGGCGAACUCUGGAUCGAAGGCCCUCUCGUGUCACCUGGCUACAUGAACGAUCCUGCUAAGACGGCCGCCGCUUUCAUAGAGGACCCCAAAUGGCUGACAGUGGGCGGGCCUGGGUCGUUUGCCUCAUGUGGUCGCCGAGGCCGGCUAUACAGAUCAGGCGAUCUUGUUCGAUACGCACAAAAUGGACAUUUGAUCUACAUGGGUAGGAAAGAUGUGCAGGUGAAGAUCAGAGGUCAAAGAGUCGAGCUGAGCGAGAUUGAAUCGAUUGUAACCCGAGAGAUCAGAGUCAGCCUAGAUGGACAUGAAGCCGCCGCCGAAAAGAUCAGUGUCAUCGCUGAUCUCGUCUCACCGGAAGACGUUGAAAGUCCGUUGCUGGUGGCCUUCGUUUCACUUGGGAGUAGUAUCGAAACCGAUGCGGAGUCUCUUCUCCGCAGCGCACAUGCCAGGGUCGCUGCUCAUGCCGCUUCUUACAUGGUGCCUGUGGCCUACCUGCUCCUCAAAGCUAUGCCUCGAACAACGACCGGAAAAGCAGACCGCAGGGAACUUCGCAAGCUCGCCAGCACCAAGCAGAUAGCGGAAUUCUUCCAUCCGUCACGCUCAAGCACAGGUAGUGAGCGCAUGCCAUCUUCACCUGCGGAGCGAAUCUUGCAAGCUUUGUGGAAAUCCACUUUGAAGGUUUCCAGGCCUAUCACGGCGGUCGAUAACUUCUUUUUGCUUGGAGGCGACUCUAUAAAGGCUAUGAAGCUCGUGUCAGCGAUACGACAGUCCGGACGUUCGCUCAUAGUAGCAGAUGUGUUCAAACAUCCCGUCUUGGAGGACUUGGCAAAGCAGGUCAAGAGCCACGUCACCGAGUCAGUACAUGUUCCCAAGGCUUUCAGUCUCUUGCAAACACGUCAAUUGAGUCUCGACCAUGUUCGCAACUCUGCGGCUAUCACAAUGGGCCUCUCUCCAGCAGAUGUGGAGGACAUCUACCCCUGCACGCCUCUACAGGAAGGUCUGCUUGCUUUGGCAGCCCGCCGGCACGGAGCCUACACGGCAGAAUUCGAUCAAAAGCUUGACUCCGCAAUUGACCUCGAUAGGUUUAAGCACGCUUGGAAGAUGGUGGAAGAAGCUACGCCUAUCUUGAGAACUCGGUUCCUAGAUCUUGAACGAUUCGGAAUUGUGCAAUGUGUGGUCCGGCCUACGUCAAAAUGGAAGGAAGUAGAGUCACAGCCAGAGACACAUAGCUCGAAUCGCGUGCUGGGAGUUCCCCUCAGCGAAGUCGCGCUGCACACGGACCAGCGCUCCGGAGGCGUGGUCUGGCGCUGGAGAAUUCAUCAUGCCCUUUACGACGAACCCACUGUGGACCUGGUGAUGGCUUCGCUGCGACAAGCAUAUCACCAAGGAACAGCCUCGACGCUAGUGCCCUUUGCUUCUUUCAUCAAACAAGUUCGCUCCAUCUCGCUCGAAGACUCCCAAAAGUUCUGGCAGAAGGACUUCUCUGGCCUCGAGGCAUCGCCAUUCCCUGGCUUGCCUCACCCGAAAUAUCAGCCUCGAGCAGAUACUGCCUUUGAGCAAAAGAUCAAACUUCGAGGAGGACCUCCAGCGGGCUUUACCAUGUCGACAUUAUUGAAAACGGCAUGGGCACUACUUGUAACACAGCGGACUAACAAUAAUGAAGCGGUAUAUGGCGUAGUCACGUCCGGUCGACAAGCAACUGGUUCUGAUUUAGCGACGAUUGCUGGUCCUACUAUCGCCACUGUUCCCGUCAGAGUGCGAUUGACAGCAGGCGCAGAAGAGAAGAGCUUAGAUUUGCAAUCCUUGCUCGAGCAAAUUCAGCUGCAAGCUGUAGACAUGACGCCGUAUGAGCAAAGUGGGCUGCAGUACAUUCAAAAGGCAAGUCCGGAAGCAGAGGAAGCCUGUCGUUUUCAAUCGCUCCUCGUGGUGCAACCAGCUGCCGACGAAGAACAGGCCGCAGAAGACGGCCUAUUCAUGGAAGACUCAACAUCAAGCACUGAGGGCGAACGAACACCAGUUCCGGCUGCAUUCAGCACCUACGCUUUGGCCGUAGUCUGUCAGCUGGAUGAUGGCCGUAUCAGCAUAACUUUCGGCGUGGAUUCAAAUGUCGUCUCGAAAGCCAGCGCAAGAAGGAUUGCCAGUCAAUUCGAGCACAUUAUUCAUCAACUUAUUGAUGUGACGAACAUUGGACGUUCCAUAACUGACCUAAAUCUGGUCAGCGGACAAGACAUGAUGGACAUUGCUGAGUGGAACUCUCGAAUUCCCAUCGAUCCCGCCAACGUAUCUAUGCACGAAUUGAUCGCAGCGAUCGCUCACAAGCACCCAGAAGCCCCGUCAGUCUGCUCACACGACGGAAAUUUGACUUACGGAAAGCUGCUCGAGUAUUCUCAACGUCUUGCGCAGUAUCUGAUUACCGUCGGCGUCGGUCCUGGCACCAUUGUUCCAAUUUUGUUCGAAAAGUCGCUCUGGUUUCCCGUGACAUGCCUAGCUAUCAUGCAGACCGGCGCUGGUACAUGUGCCAUGGACGUAGCACAACCCGAAGAGCGACUGAAAGUAAUGGUUCGCAAAUCAAGCCCAUUGGUGGCCAUCCUGUGCUCCACGAGCAGCGCAGAAGUCGCUGCACGCAUACGCUCCGAUGAUCAAGCGGCUGUCAUCGCCAUCAAUCAGGACUUCAUGGACAAUCUACAACCAAGUGCUGUUACAAUGCCUCUCGUCGAUCCACAGAGCCCGCUGUAUGUGGUUUUCACAUCCGGCAGCACUGGUGAGCCAAAAGGAGUGGUGAUUACCCAUGCAAACCUGGCUAGUAUGAGCCGCUUGCAGUCGAACUUUCUUGAGCUUGGCCUCCACUCUCGAGUUCUUGACUUCGCCUCCUAUGCAUUCGAUUCCACAUGGGCUUUCAAUUUUCUGACAUUGGCGGCUGGUGGGUGCGUCUGCAUUCCCUCGGAGUGGGAUCGAAAGAAUGAUACAGAGAGUGCAAUGCGACGGUUGCGGGUCACGCAGGGAACCUUUAGUCCGACAUUCGCCGAGACACUCAGCGAUUCCACUGUUCAACGUCUGAACUUCAUCGAGCUUGGUGGAGAAGCAGUCCCACAGCGUCUUAUUGACCGCUUUCUGAAGCUGACGCGGGUCCGAAUCGCGUAUGGACCCAGCGAAGCGACGAUCGGAGUAAUGUUUGCCAAACAGGAGCAAGGACAUCAAGGUCUCGGUUUUGGCCUUGGCUGUAGGACAUGGAUUGUUUCGCCGGAAACCUCACGCCUGGUCGCCAUCGGAUCUGUCGGCGAGCUUUGGCUCCAAGGACCUCUUGUUGGCCAGGGCUACCUGAACGACGAAGCACAGACCAAGAAGGCAUUCGUAGACUCACCGCAGUGGUUGCGGAAGCAGUUCCCUGAACUCUGCGGUGACACCAAUGAAAGAUUGUACAGGACUGGAGAUAUGGUAUCCUACGCUGAAGACGGGUCAAUCACAUUCCACGGAAGGAAAGAUGGUCAGGUGAAGCUGAGAGGUCAACGACUAGAGCUUGCUGAUGUCGAGAACAACAUCUUGAAGCAAGUGGACGGCCAACACAACCAGGAGUUGCAAGUUGUUGCCGAGAUCCUUAAGUCAGCCGGGACUCGCGACAUCUUGGUGGCAUUCCUCAAGUUUGCUGGAUCUGAGGACCUGAGCGAGGACGAGCUUGCAGGACGACUCGCACGCUUGAUCCAAGGUGGCGUUCAUGACCGUCUGAAGGCUACAUUGCCACUUUACAUGGUGCCUGCUCGAUAUGUGGCGCUGCAAGAUAUGCCUCGAACGACAACAGGCAAGAUCGAUCGAAGACGACUCCGAGCUAUGAAGCACUCUGAAGAAUUGAUCAUCGAUCCGACUGCAACUGCGGGAACCCGUAAACCACCUGAAACCGCGAUGGAGGUGCGUCUACAGAAACUAUGGUCGGCUGUAUUGGACAUACCACAGGACAACAUCUCCGCGAAUGAUAGCUUUAUGGCGCUUGGUGGAGACUCCAUCCAAGCCAUGAGGCUAGCCAAUCUGUGCCAGGGAGAGGGGCUCGAAAUGGCAGUAAUGGACAUUUUUACCAAACCGCUAUUGUCUGAGCUUGCGGAGACCUUGGAAACGGCUUCGGAGCAAUCGACCACCUGUCCAACUCCGUUCAGUCUAGUGGGAGACUACGAUCUGGACAAUCUCCGCAGUGAAGUACAGCGGCAGAUUCCCGCUACAUCUGGCACGAUUGAAGACAUCAUGCCGAUCACACACUCCCAGAGAGAAUAUCUGGAUGGCUCCAUUGAGGGAGGUCCUACCGGAUUACACUGGUUCUAUAUCGAUCUCGAAUCAUCAGUCGAGACCGAACGAUUGCUGAAUAGCUGUGUCGCACUUGUCAAGCAUCUUGAAGUACUGCGCUUAAUGUUUGCAGAAGUACAAGGCCAGCUCUAUCAGAUACUGUUGAGUGAUCCACCCAUCACAACGGAGGAGGUGCAGGUACCAUCGGGACAUACAGUCGAUGAGUGGUCGAAGACAGCUUUCACUGGUGACGAGAAUGAUCUUCAGUCCUUCGUUGGGAAGACUUUCACGCGAUUUGUCCUGCUCAAAGACUGCAACGGAUCAUGUCGCCUGGCUAUCCGACUCUGGCACGCGCAAUACGACGGCGCAUCACUCCCAGGAGUGGCAAAUACCCUGCACAAGAUCUACCAAGGCGAGGCAUUGGAGGAUCAGCCCAGUGUAUCGAGCCUUGUUGCACUCCAGCAGCAAUCAACAAAAUUGGAUCGCGAAUAUUGGAACUCGAUGCUCGAAGGAUCAUCAAUGACUUAUCUGCAGCCCGAGAUGACUCUUGUUCAAAGUAACAAGCCUGUCGCAACACUGCACUACACAGGGACUAUACAGCUUACCCAGAAGUCCAAGCGCAUCGGCCGCACACCAGCGACAAAUUUCACAGCUGCCUGUGCCUUGACACUUGCUCGGCUGAACGGCAAUAAAGACGUCUUGUUCGGCCGUCUUACCUCUGGAAGAGCUGCACUACCAGCCCGACUGCGCAAUAUAGUAUUCAAUUGUCUGACCUACCUGCCUGUCCGUGUGCAGCUUUCGAACUCUGACGACGGGUUCAGCGACCGAGAAAGUGUUGAGCAAGUUCUCAACCAAGUGCAUCGCCAGUACGUUGAUGGCCUUGCGUCUGAAAACCUACACUCCGAGGACAUCGCGAAACAGUGCGAGGCUUGGCCUGCUAACGACGGCGAGUUUGGAGUGUUGACGCUGUAUCAAAAUGGCACCAGAGCCGAAGAGUCGCAAAAAGAUGGCGAUGGAGAGAUUUCUGGUUCUUCUUUCGCGAUGCACGGACUGCGAGCAGCUACCAACGAAGUCUACAAGUCGGAUACGGUGGUGAUCGCUGGCGUGCCCCGUGAUGAUGGCAUACUCGAAUACCAUAUUAUAUCGAAGUCCACCCUGUGUGAUCAAGAGUACCUGGAAACGGCUGGAGCGAUAUUGAGGGAUGCUUUGGAGAAAAUCGACAGACUCGAUGCGCAAUAGAUGCGAGAUCCAUAUUGAUUUUUUCAGCAAGCG